AUGGAAAAAUUGAUAUGUUUUAUUUUUCUGCUAUUUCCCAUUGUUCAGUCGUAUCUAGUUGGGUGUUAUUAUGAUUAUAAUCAACCAUUAGUCUUACCUGAACAAUUACCUACUGGUAUAUGUACACAUGUUUUACUUAUUGGUGCAAUUUUCGUUAGGAAUCUUGAACUAAGUGUUAUUGAGCAUCCUUACAAUGGUUUUAUUGCUCUUGAAAGUAUGCGAGAUUAUCGUACACGUGAUGGAAAUAAAUUAAAAUUGAUUCCAUCAAUUCUUGGUGAUGAUGCUGAAUGGAAAUCAGCUUUAAAAGAUUCUGAUUCACAAAUGACAUUCAUUUCAUCGCUUAUUAAUUUUGCUAAAAUUCAAAAUCUUGAUGGGUUUGAUUUUGAUUGGGAAUAUCCAUGUGGUGAAUAUAAAUCAAUUUAUACUAGUUUUAUUGAAAAACUUCGUAUAGCUGUUGAUGAAGUAUUUCAUAAUGAAUUUCUUUUAACUACAGCUGUUGGAGCAGGUAAAAAUACUAUUGAUAAUUGUUAUGAAAUUGAAAAAUUAAGUCAAGUACUUGAUCUUAUUCAUCUAAUGACUUAUGAUUAUCAUAGUAUUUAUGAUAAACAAACUGGUUAUAGUUCACCAAUUUACCCGAAAAAUGUUGAAGUAGGCGAUGCUCGAUAUUAUAAUACAGAAUGGAGUGCUGCUUAUCUUGUUGAACAAGGUGUACCACGAAAUAAAAUUCUUAUAGGACUCGAAGGACUUGGUCAUACAUUUCAAUUGAAUAAUAGUAAUAUUCAUGAUUUCGCAGCACCUGUUAUUGGUCCUGGUUAUGGUGGUGGAUGGAUGACAUUUAUUGAAUUUUGUUUACUUGUUAGAACUGCUGGAUCACAUUGGGAUGAUGAAGCAAAAGUUAAUUAUACAUAUUAUAAAGAUCAAUGGACGAAUGUUGGUGAUGUACGAGCAGCAGAAGAAAAAGCUUUGUUUAUUAAAGCAAAUGGUUAUGGAGGUGCAUUUACUUUUGGUCUUCAUCUUGAUGAUUCAGCAGAUAUUUGUCAAUACGGAGAAACAUUUCCAAUUCAUCGUACAAUUGCACGAUAUUUACAAUAA